AUGGAGCAGACGCGUAUCGUGGCGAAGGAAGCGGUAAGAGUUGACUCGAUAGUGGAGGAUCUUCAGGAGCAGCUUCGCCGGGCGCAGAACGAAGCUUCCGCCGCGCAAGACGAGUGCGCGGAGUUGCGCCGCGGGCUGCAGUCCGCCUGGGAAGACGUGCGGGAGCUUGAGGGAAAGUUUGAGGGGCAGCGGCGGGAACUGGAGGCGCAACGGCGGGAUGCGGAGGCGGAGCGGCGGGAGAAUGAAGCUCGGCGGAAAGUGCACCUUGAGGCGCAGGAGCGGGAGCUUCAAGAGCGGUGGCAGGCGGGGAUGCGCCAGCAGCGGGAGCAGUGGCAGGCGCAGCUGCAAUCGGCGCAAGAUGACGCGCGGAUGCUCCGCGCGGAGAACGACGCCCUCCGGGGAGGGGCGGAGCUUUCCCGGGAAAGGUUGGGCUCCGCUCUGGCGGAAAGCCGCGAGUUGGAAGACGGGCUGCGCGCAGCGGAGGCGGAGAGGCGGAAGGCGGAGGAAAGUUUUAAAGAAACAAAUGCGCAGAUGGUGGAGUUGCGCGCAAGUGCGGAAGAGAUGCGCGCGCGGCUGGUGAAGGAGCAGGAACGCGCGGCGGACUUGGCGCUUGAGAACGGGAGGCUGCGCGGGGAGGUGCGCCAGUUGGCAAGCGCAAACGCGGAGCUCCGGCAGCUGGAGGAGGCGGCGCAGGCGGCGCAGGCGGAGCUGCGGAGAGCGCUAGAGGAAUGCGCGGAACAACGGGAGCAGCUCCGCGCGCUUGGCGCCAAAGGCGCGCAAACUCAGAAAGAGCUGGCGGAAGCGCGGGAGGAGAACGCGGAGCUUCUGGGGGAGCUGGCGGAAGCUAAGGGGAGAAACGAGGGCCUGCAGAAGCGGCUGGACGCGGCGGUUCUCUCGCGCGGAGGCGGAGGCGGAGGCAGCGUAACGGGCGCGGAUAGCCUCCGUGUGGGCGGAACGGCGGGAGAUGGGGAGGCGGUGCAGGCGGUGAAAGCGGAGCUUGCUGUUGUUGUCAGGAGAAACGAACAGAUGCGGAGAGACCUGGAGCUUGCCUGUAGGGAGAUCAGGCACUGGCAACGGCAAGCCGAGUCGCAGGUGAAAACGCAGGAGGGCGGGGCGGAGAGGAAGGAGGGUGAAGCCUGCAGCUGCGGCGGGUUCGGCGGCAGUAGCCCGGCUAGCAACGCCUCCCCCAGGCUGGCUCGGCCCGGAGCAACCAGGCUCGGCAACCUACGCAGCCCCGGCGGCGGUUCGGUCGUAGGCUCGGAGGUGGGAAGCCCGGCGGCAGGCGGCGGUGUUGUUGAAGGGGCUACUGGGGGAGGUUUAUCUGGGGGUAAUAAGGGCCCCAUGGAUUCGCUUCUAGUGCUGCUGCGGCAGGAGAACGAGCGGUUGCGAAAGUCGCUUAAAGAAGCAGAGGCGCGAAUAGAGGCUCUUAACGCGGAUGUCGUGACGGCGGAGGCAGCAUUGGCAGCAGCCCAGUCAGCAAGGGACGCCGCUGAGUCAGCGAGAGUGGCUGCUGAGUCAGCAAAGGAGGUUGCAGAGGCGGGGAAAAAGGUGGCGGAGGAGGGGAGGCUGCAGGCGGAAGAGGGGCGGCGGAAGGCGGAGGAGGGGAGGAGGCGGGCGGAAGAAAGUGUGCUGCGGAGCAUUUUGGGGGAAAGGGAGAGGAGAGAGGCGGAGAAGGGGCGGCAGGGCGGAGGGGAGAGGGCAGAAGAUGGGGGAUAUACAUAUAGGAUGUGUAGCGGCAGUGGUGGUGGGGUAUCGUCCGCCGGGGCAGCGGAAGGGAAGGGAGGGGGAGGCGGCGGAGGCGGAGGAGGGGGAAGUGAGCAGAAGGGCAAGUGGGAGCAGGGACUGGUGAGCGGAGUGGCAGGGGUUGUGGUGGAGGGCAACAGUAACGGUCCGCUUAUAGAGCAGCUCAAUAAGGAGAACCGCGGACUGAAGACGCUCGUCCGCUUCUUGCAGACGAUGCUGGUGAAGCAGGAGGAGGAAGCGUCCCACAUCAAACGCGAACUGGAAGAAGUGAGACGGAAAGCAGGGGUAGGCGCAGGCGCAGGGGCAGGGGCAGGGGCAGGGGUACAGGAAGUUACUCCGCUUAGCAGCCCUGCCAAGCCUGGCUCGGAGGCUCGGGCGCGGAAGCAGGCGGAGGAAGCCGCGAAGGCAGCUGCUUCGGGAGCUGCCGAGGCUGCACGAGCCGAAGCAGCAGCAGGAGCUGCGGAAGCGGAACGGGUGCAGUUACGGGCGCGGAUUGAGUUUUUGGAGAGGGAAUUGUGGGUUACAGAGGAGAGGCUGCGUCGAACGGAGGAGAAGGCAGCAAGGUUAGAGAGCCAGCUUGAGAGGUCCCAAUCCGAAGCUGCUGCUGCCCGAGCCAAUGCCGAUGCUGCCCGCGGGGCUAUUUCCGAGGCUGAACGCCGAGCCACCGAGGCAGAGCGCCGGGUCUCUGAGGCUACGGCUCGGGCAUCCAGAGCUGAAACUGAGGCUCGGGUGUCGAAAGCGGAGGUUGAGGGUCGGAUGUUCCGGUCUUCAGGGACUGAUGCUGGCCAGGUUGCCAAAGCUGAGGCUCGGGCAGCAGAAGCCGAAGCUCGGGCAAAGGAAGCCGAGGCCCGGAUAACGGACCUGGAGGCUCGGCACGAGGAGCUGACGCUUCAGCUACGGGCUGCGAAGGCCCGGACGGAAAAGCUGAGCAUGCGGGUGGUGCAUGCAGCACACGGUGACAAACGCCACGCGGAGGAAUCAGCAGCGUUUGCAGAGGCGAAGCAGAAGACGUUGAUCCAGCUGGCUGAAGAAGUGGAGGCGCUGAGAGAUGAAGCGCGGGAGGCGAGAGCUGCUGCCAAGGCGAGGGAGAGGGAGGCUGCGAGGAGCAGAGAGGAGCUGGCGAAGGUGAAGCGAUGGAUGGCUGGACGGGCUGGGAGAGGGAGGGCGGCGGCAGCAGCUGGGGGGGAGAAUGCAUGGGGAGGAGUGGACAGUGCUGGGGGGAUUGGAAGGGGUGGUGUGGGGGCAGGUGGGGGGAAUUGUCAAGGGGAAGGGGUAAUUGUAGGGGUUUCGGGUGGAGGGGGUAGCGGAGGAGGUGGUGGGGUAGGUAGGGAUGGUGGGAGUGGGAGUGGCGAGGAGGAUGGGGGUAGCCCUAGUGGACUGUGGGAGGGCCACCAGCAGGAUUUGCGGUUUGGCGAGAUGCUCUCGUGGCCGUUCGAUCUUGUUCUGCCGUCGAAGUUUCUCGGGAGCGGGUAUCAGAAUCCCUGA